CCGCGCGCAUGCGAUCGCGCCGCGCGACGGACUCGUCGUCGGACGCGCGCGCGCGCGGACGCGCGCGACCGACGGCGCGCGCGCGCGCGCGCGUCGGAUGCUGCUUCGGCGCGCGGGACGCGGCGUCGGACGACGAGGACGCGCGACGCGACGCGAGCGAUGGGUCGACGAGCGCGAGCGACGCCGACGCGGGUCGGACGUCGGACGGGACGCGCGCGCGCGCGACGUCGACGGCGUCGGCGUCGACGUCGGCGUCGGCGUCGGCGGGCGAGGCGAAGGCGAGGCGGCAGAGCGUCGACUACGCGCUGCGCGCGAGUCAGGGAUCGCUCGCGUCGGGGGAAGAGGCGACGGCGAACGCGAACGGAGGAGACGAUGAGUUCGUCGGCGACGCGGGAUCGGCGGAGCUGACGUAUUUCGUGAAGCUGAACGCGAAGAUGCUGGCGAAGCGACGGAGAGCGACGAAGAGCGAAUUGGAACCGCUGUGCGAGGCGCUGUCGCAGACGUUUACGUUUUCUGAGCUCGAUGCGAACGUCAGGCGACGCGUGGCGAGCGAAAUGUUCUUCAUCAACGUGCCGGAGGGGACGAUUUUGAUGGAGGAGGACGAACCGGGCGACGCGUUGUAUCUCAUCGCCGGAGGCGAAUUCGACGUGCUGCAAAAUCGGCUCGGCGCCGAUAUCAGCGUCCUCACGCGCACGAAAGGCGAUAUCAUCGGCGAGUUAGCUUUACUUUAUAGCGUGCCGCGCUCGGCGACGGUGCGGGCGAAGACGCGGUCGCAGGUUUGGGUGUGCACGCAACAAGUCUUCAAGAGGGAGGUCAAGCACAGCGUCGAGGCGACGACGCUCGCGAAGAAUUUAUUCCUCGAACAAGUUCCCGUGCUCAGCGCUUUACCGAUCGACACGCGGAAGUCGUUCGCGGAUGCCUUGGAGACGGUCUCGUUCGACCCGUACACGGACGUUAUUACCGAAGGCGAAGCGUGCGACGGUAAAUUUUACCUCGUCAAUUCGGGGCGAGCGCAAGUUUCCAAGCUCGACCCGGACACGGGUGAACCGCGCACGGUGAAUCACUUGUUUCGACACGACUUUUUUGGUGCUUCCGAGAUCAUUCGCGGUGAUGAACCGCGAGAGUACACCGUGCGAUGCGUGGAAACUCCUCUGGUGUGUUACGUCGUCAAUCGAGACGUGUUCCUCGAGAAGCUGUCAUCCGUGCGCGAAGAUUUACUUCGAGAAAAGUCUCGAGAAGUCAUUCGUAAUCGCAUGCGGCAGCUCAAGGGUGAAAAGUCGUGGCGCUCCGCCCGAAUUCGCCUGUUAGGUAGCGCGCGCGUGGGAGGAAAGAAGGUGAACAUUAGCAUGUACGGCUCAGUAAACCCGAGGUCGUUCGCCACGGACGUCAAUCGGGAGUUGGGGUCGAUCGAUUUAGUGGAGAAGGAAAUGCUCGGUGGAGGCACUGGUGGGCACGUGUAUCGCGUUAUUCAAGAAGGUAUGAAUGUGUCGUCACCGCGCGCCUUCGCGCUCAAGCGCGUGCGUAAGCGUGCCGUGAUGGAGAGUCCGUCGCACAUUUUCUGCGAAAAGGAAGUCACGAGCGAAAUCAGCCACUUUUCGUUGAUGUGUCAGCACGCCAGUUUCCAAGACAGGAAUCAUCUGUACAUGCUUUUCGACAUCAUGGAUGGGUGUGACUUGAUGGACAUGCUUGCGAGCGCGGUGCAAGUGAAGUUAAUUCCGACACAAAUCGAUGGUGAGAUUCGCCACGUGCCCACGCAGAUUGGCAUCAGCGAAGACACGGCGCGAUACUACACCGCCAUGGUUAUUCUCGCGUUCGAGUAUCUGCACGGCAACCAAAUCAUCUAUCGCGACUUGAAGCCAGAGAAUGUAUUGCUUGCGCUCAACGGCAAAUGUAAGCUCGGAGAUUUUGGCUACGCGAAGAAACUUGACGUCGGCGAACGCGCGUUUACGUUUUGCGGCACCCCUGGGUACGUGGCGCCAGAAAUUGUGCUGUCCACGGGAUACGGCUACGCCGUCGAUUGGUGGGCGCUGGGUGUUUUGACGUACGUCACAAUAACGGGACAACAGCCGUUCACGAUAUCAAAGGAUCCGUCCCAAAAAGACGAUCCAUUGAAAGUGAUGCGGCGAAUCGUGGACAUGUCGUACGAGGUGCAAUACCCCACGUACGCCACCGACGAGGCGUGCAAUUUUAUUUCUCAGCUCUUGCAGCGAAACUCGGCGAAAAGGCUCGGAAACAUGCAAGGCGGGGUCAGUCAGAUUAAGAGACACCCUUGGUUCGCCAAGUUUGACUGGGCGCUGCUAGAGAGUGGCGAGUACACGCCCAAGCCGCUGACGCUUUCGCGGCAGUUUUUAGAAAUUCAGCGCGAACGUCUUAUCGAGAUCGAACGGGAAUCGUUGCUCGCAACUGAAAUGGAUUCGGCGAGAGGACCGACGGAUGCGUCUAUGAAUCGUGCGAACGAGAUUUUCAAGGAUUUUUAAGAGCCAUGACAGAAAGUGCUCACAUCACAGCGUUACAGCGUUUUAGCUACAUAGGUCAAAUUUGUCAUUAUACCAUAC